CUACCAGCGACCAUGAUUUAUGUAAACGACAGAAGAAGCGAUCGAAAUGUGUAUUUCAGUCGAAGGUCACGCCUCCACAUCUGUCAACCAGUUGAUCGGGGAACCAGUUAAUCCGGAACACCGGAAGCCAAGCAAGAACCUCGCGCCUCAGAAACUCACAGCACCACCGGGAGACCCAAAGAGAGACACGAGGACCCGGUCCAGACCCUCAGUGCAGGAACGUGACAGAAGCAACAGGAUGACGAUGAGUCCCCCCGCAGAUCGCGGCCAGGCUGUAGGCCUCAUCAUCUUCGUGCUCGGUUUGGGAACUCUGCUGCCGUGGAACUUCUUCCUGACGGCCUCAGAGUACUUCAACCAGCGCCUCAAAUCAAACAUCACCUCCAAUGGCUCCUCAGGCGUCGCUGCUAAAGACUACAACUACGACAGCUGGAUGGCCUUGCUCUCCCAGCUGCCCCUGCUGCUGUUCACGCUGCUCAACUCCUUCCUGCAUCACUGGGUGAAGCCUCGUCUCCGUGUCGCCUUCAGUUUCAUCGUCAUCUUCCUCCUCUUCUCCCUCAACGCCGCUCUGGUUCGAGUCCCGAUGCAGCCGGACACCUUCUUCUCCGUCACCAUGGCCACCAUCUGGUUCAUCAACAUGGCCAGUGCGGUGCUGCAGGGCUCUCUGUUCGGGGUGGUGGGUCGGUUCCCCUCUCGGUACAGCACUCUGUUUAUGAGCGGUCAGGGUCUGGCCGGACUCUUCGCUGCUCUCGCCAUGCUCUUCUCCAUCUUAAAUACGAGCUCUGAGGCUGACGCAGACAGGAGCUCGGCAGCGUUGGGAUAUUUCAUCACUCCCUGUGUGGCGACUCUGGGGACUCUGCUGUGUUUCCUGCUGCUGCCAUACCUGGAAUUUGCUCGUUUUUACCUGAACAAACAUCAGUCGCAGAGCGUGGAGGCGACACUGGAGCUGUGCGGCCCCACAGACAAGAAAGUGUUAGAAAACGGCUCCAAACACCAGGAGGCCAACGGGAAGCUCUUCAGAGAGCCGGAGGGGGAUCAGGAGCGUUCGUCCGUCCUGCAAGUCUUCAAAAAGAUCUGGCUGAUGGCUAUGUGUGUGACGUGUGUGUUUGCCGUCACACUCUCAGUGUUUCCUGUCAUCACACUCCGAGUCAGGACCGUCUACCAAGACAACUCGGUCUGGGACAAAGUGUUCACCUGCGUCUGCUGCUUCAUCGUGUUCAACGCCUUUGACCUGGCCGGCCGCAGCGCCCCGUCUCUCGUCCAAUGGCCCUCGAAGGAGAGUCCUCUGUUUCCCAUCUGCGUGUUCUCCCGCCUGGUGUUCAUCCCGCUGCUCAUGAUGUGUAACGUGGAGACCUCGAACCUCACCAUCCUCUUCAGUCACGACUGCGCCUUCGUCACCAUCAUGGCGCUCUUCUCCUUCACCAACGGAUACCUGGCCACCCUCUGCAUGUCCUACGCCCCACAGUUGGUGCGCUCUAAAGACUGCGAGACGGCCGGCUCUCUGAUGUCCUUCUUCCUGGUUCUGGGUCUGGCUCUGGGAGCGUCUCUCUCCUUCCUGCUGGUGAAACUGGUUUAACCACCUGAGAGAUCAACAAGAAGAAAAGUCAAUAGCAGUCUUCCGUACGUACGUGAGAUUAAUUUAAAAUCUUAAUUUAAUAAAUAUCAUUUAGGCAUAGCUCCUAAAAUAAAACUGUUUAUAAUUUAUAAAUUGAUAAGUUCAAGUAAAAAAUUGAAAUGAUAUAAUAAUAAUAUAUGUUAUAUACAUUUAGUUCAUGUAAAUGAAUAAUCUCUAUUCAUUCAAUGAAAACACUUGAAUGUAAGUUUGAUAAACCACAAUAUUAAUUAAAUAAUCACAUUUGCACUUGUUAACUGUCGUAUCAAAUGCAUAACGUUUGUUCGGUGUGAACAGGAAGGCGGUUUCAAUGUUGAAGGACAGCUGAAAAUAAAGGACAUAGAUUUGUGGUUAAAAUGUUGCUGCAACAGCAAAGAAAUAUGAAGACAAAUGUAUUUAUUUUAUUUUAUUUUUCUAUAUUAAAACAUUCGAGUGAAUGCCAUUAAGUCAACUUCUACCUUUUGCUUGCAGUUUUUUUCUGUUGUAACUUAUCUUUUAAUGUAUGGAAAUGUAGCUGAAAGUGUUUUUUCAACUCUGUCUAAUGUAUUUCAUGACACUGCAGGUGUUUGUCAUUUUCUAUAGAUGGAGUUGUUGUUUGCUUAUUUAUGUUUUUUCUACUCUGUUAUUUUUAUACAAACAAAUAAAGGGGAUUAUGUGUGUGCUUUCAUAAUAAAAUAUACAAAAUUGUCA